UGAAGACGCUUCAUAAAUACUCCAAGUAUUAACAACGUUCGUUGGAUCUACUAACGACUGGGUGUAGAGGAGACAGAUUCGCUUUGCGACUCAAGCCCAACCAUGGGGCUGCGAACGGCUCAGAAAAAGCACUUUCCUCUACGUGGAAUCGAUGGAGUUGUUCAGCUGUUUGAAGCAGAGCUGCAGAAAACGGAGCCAGAUUUGGCUUUGCUGUCUCUGGUACUUGGAUUUGUGGAGCACUUCCUUGCCGUCAACCGAGUGGUACCAAUCAACGUGCCUGGAGUUCGUUUUGAGCCUCUGAAACCUGAUUGUCCUAACUCGUAUUUCCCUGUAGUUGAGCUUGGAUUGAUUUCAGCGCUGCACGAACGCUUCACCUCUCAGAUCCGUGGCGCUGUAGACCUGUCUCAGUAUCGUCGGCCUUCGGGCUGCUCGAGCCGGGAGCUGGUGAAGAAAGUCUCGGACGUCAUCUGGAACAGCCUGAGCCGCUCGUAUUUCAAGGACCGGGCCCAUAUUCAGUCCCUCUUCAGUCUCAUCACCGGCACAAAGCUGGACAGCUCAGGGGUUGCGUUUGCAGUGGUGGCAGCGUGCCAGGUUCUGGGCCUGCAGGAUGUUCACCUUGCCCUUUCAGAGGACCAUGCAUGGGUGAUUUUUGGUAAGGGUGGUGAAGAGACUGCAGAGGUCACAUGGCAUGGAAAGGGUAACGAAGACAGGCGUGGGCAGACAGUCAGUGCAGGUGUAAAUGAAAGGAGCUGGUUGUACCUGAAAGGCUCCUAUAUGAAGUGUAACAGGAAUAUGGAAGUGGCUUUUAUGGUUUGUGCCAUUAACCCAUCUCUAGACCUGCAUACAGACAGCACUGAACUACUGCAGCUUCAGCAUAGGCUUUUGUGGCUGCUCUAUGAACGUGGAGACCUGGAGAGAUACCCCAUGGCCAUGGGAACCCUUGCCGACCUGCAGGAUCAGGAACCAAUUCCUGGCAAGGAGGACCCACUCUCCAUCCACCUCAAGGCUGUCAAUUCAGCGAAGACAUACUACAACAAUGAGCAUAUCUACCCGUUCAUGUACCUGGCUGGUUACCACUACAGGCACAGGAAUGUACACGAAGCGCUCAGAGCAUGGGCGGAGGCAGCGUCGGUAAUGCAAGAUUAUAACUACUGCCGUGAAGAUGAGGAGAUCUAUAAGGAGUUUUUUGACAUUGCCAAUGAUGUUAUCCCCACCCUUCUCAAAGAGACUGCUGCUGCAGCGGAGAGCAGUGGGGAGGUGGGAGAGGAGGAAGAAAAGGAUGAGCCAAGACAGGCUGCGGCCCUCUCUGCUCUGCAGGACCCAGAAUGCUUUGCUCACCUGUUGUGUUUCUAUGAUGGGAUCUGUAAGUGGGAGGAGGGGAGCCCUACUCCAGUCCUCCAUGUCGGCUGGGCUACUUACCUCGUCCAGUCCCUUAGUCGUUUUGACGCACAGGUGAGGCAGAAAGUGACAAUAAUCACUAAGGAACCAGAGGUACAGGAGGAAGACGACCAAUCCAAUGAAGACGCUCGUGAGGGAAGGAGGCGGGGUCCGAGACGUGAGUCCAAAGUUGAAGAUCAAGUGCCUCCAUCAGCCCCUGCUCUGCCCUCACAGCCCACCCAGGGCUCACCCCCCAAAAAGGUUGGAGGAGAGGGUGCGGGCCGCCCUCGAUCCAUACAGGGGGGUAGAGGAAAAGAGACGGACAGAAAGACUGAGCCGUUGUCUCCCAGCCCUGUCCCUUCUCCCACCCAGCCAACCCCUGCCAGCACCGGAGGGCCUGUGGUCACGUUCCACAGUGAGAAGAUGAAGGGAAUGAAAGAACUGCUGUCUGCUUCAAAAGUCAAUUCCAGCGCUAUCAAGUUACAGCUCACUGCACAGUCCCAGGUUCAGAUGAAGAGACAGAAACCGACACCUUCUGGUGACUACACCCUGUCUUUCAUGAAACGCCAGCGAAAGACUUUGUGAAUAUUCUUAAUUACACCUGAAGCUUCACCUGAAAGAGAGAACCUUCUCAAUUAAAUCUGUCUUCACAAACUCUGUAGUGAAGUCUGUACUUUUCCUUGAACAUUUAGCAUGUCCUGCUCUUUUAACAUGAAAAAAGGCUAAUCAGAAAAGUUAUUUUAAACAGUUCCUUCAGUCAGACAUAGUUUUAUGUCAUGACAAACUAUUCACAAAAUCAUUCAGUGUUGA